GAUUCAAUAGUACAAUACUACCACUACAAAACAAUACCAUCACAUUUUUCUCCUUCUUCUCUUACUUUAAUUUUUAUUUCCCCACACUAUCACACACAUAUAAAUAUGCCUCUUCCCCUUCCUUCUUUUACCCAUCCCUUCAACCAAACCUUCUAAUCAUCUCUCUCUCUCUCUCUCUCUAAAAAUGGAAAGUAACCUACCAGUGAUAGCAAAGAAAGUGUGGAACAUAAUACGUGUUGCCUUCUACAUGUUAAGGAAGGGAAUUUCAAAAGGCAAACUCAUGUUAGAACUCAACAUGGUUCUCAAACGCCGCCGCAAACUCGCCGGAAAAGCCAUCGCCAACCUCAUGAUGUUCCACCACCACCAACACGCCGACAUGCACCUCCAACAAUUCUCCACCACCAGGGAGUACGAGUUCAGCUGCAGCAACACGCCCAAUAACUUCUUCUCCAAGCUCCACCGCAAGAACAAGCUGUUCACGCGCUCCCACGCGCCUCACGAGUGCGACGACGACGUCGUGACGGUCAGUGCUGUAAAGGCGGUGUUAGAGAUCCUAAACAACAACAAUGAUAAUGUGGUCGAGGCAUCCCCGGCGCUACCGGGGUUCGGCCGGAGCCCUACCGUGAGUCGGUUAAGGGUAACGGAUUCACCGUUCCCAAUGAAUGUCGACACAGAAUACGAUAAAGAUCAUCAAGUGGACAAGGCUGCCGAAGAAUUCAUUAAGAGGUUCUACAAAGAGUUGAGGAAGCAACCCUAAUUAAUUAAUUUUCCAUGGCUAUGGAGUUUUAAUUUUCUUCAAUUUGUUUACAAAACCAUGUUGAUUAUUAUACUAAAGUAAAGUAGUCACACAUAUAUAUAUAUAUAUAGUAAGAGCAUGAGUGAUUCUUCAGUUUGGAAAUCUAAAUUAUGGUUUGGUUAUUAAAAUAAAUAGUUUAGCCAAAUCAUGGUUUGGAAAUUUCUAAAAUAAAAAAGCAAAUAUAUGCUUAUACAUACAGUUUUGGAUAUUUGUAGAAUGAGUUUCAUGUGUGUUAA